AUGAGUACAAAUUUGGACAAAAGUUUAUUUCAACUUAAAUUCACGGCAAAGCAAUUAGCUAGGCAAGCUAAAAAAGCGAGUAAAGAUGAAGUUACUGAAAAAGCAAAAUUAAAAAAGGCAAUUCAACAAGGAAACAUGGAAGGUGCAAGAAUUUAUGCUGCCGGUGCUAUUCAUAAAAAGAAUGAAUCAAUAAAUUUGUUAAGACUAUCUUCUAGAAUUGACGCAGUUUCAAGUCGAGUACAAACUGCUGUCACUAUGCAAAAGAUUACGGGAUCAAUGGCAAGUGUUGUUAAAGGAAUGGAUAAGGCAAUGGAAUCUAUGAAUUUAGAAAAAAUAUCAAUGGUAAUGGAUAAAUUUGAAUCACAAUUUGAAGAUUUAGAUGUUCAAUCGCAAUACAUGGAGGGAUCAAUGGGAAACUCAACCGCGGUGAGUACUCCACAAGAAGAUGUUGAUUUGUUAAUGCAACAAGUGGCUGAUGAACAUGGAUUAGAGUUAAGUCAACAACUAGGCGAGGCUGCUCCAAUUAGCAGUAUUCUUGAUAAAAAUAGUAAUAGUAAGGAAAACGAAGAAUUAUCUGAACGUUUACGUGUGUAA